CAAAAAUCAAGAAGUGAAGGAGAAAGGCAGGCAAGAUGAACGACCAACAAGUGUCGAAGCAGAUACAGCAGAUGGUGCAGUUCAUCCGCCAAGAAGCCCAAGAGAAAGCCAACGAGAUCACCCUUUGUGCCGAAGAGGAAUGCAAUAUCGAGAAGCUGCAAAUAGUCGAGGCCGAGAAGAAGAAGAUCAGACAAGAAUACGAGCGAAAGAGCAAGCAGGUGGACGUUAAAAAGAAGAUAGAGUACUCGAUGCAGCUCAACGCCUCGCGCAUCCAGGUGCUUCAGGCGCAAGACAACGUCGUGAAUGAGAUGAAGGACGCUACUCGGAAGGAGCUGCUGCAAGUCGCCGGUAAAAAGGCUCCAUACAAAGGGCUUGUCAAAGCGUUGAUUAUCCAGAGCUUGAUGCGGCUCAAGGAGGAUACGGUGCUGCUGAGAUGUAGAGAAAUGGAUGUGAGUGUAGUGAAUUCAGUGCUGGAUGAAGCGAAGCGUGAGUAUGCAAAAAAGUUGGGACUCGCGGUCCCAAAUGUUAUCGUUGAUAAAGUGUAUCUCCCGCCUCCGCUUCCCGACAACAGAAACUCCAUUGGUCCUUCUUGUUCUGGAGGGGUAGUUUUGGCUUCUCAAGAUGGCAAAAUAGUAUGUGAAAAUACCUUGGAUGCACGGUUAGAACUUGUCUUCCGCCAGAAACUUCCCGAGAUACGCAAGCAUCUCUGUGGCUAGAUCAAAGCACUACCAAAUUCAAGAUUAAUAAGUGGAUUUGCAUCAUUUGUUCGUGUUGGAAAUAAGAAACAAACAAGAUUAGAUCUCAAAGCUUAUGCAAACAGUUGACAAAAAUGUGCCUUCGUAUAAAGACACGAAAUGUAACACUUUUGAAAUACAAUUUAAUACAAUGAUCUCUAUUCCCUGCUA